AUGAAAGAAGACAAACGUGUGACCCUGCUGUUGGCAUUCUGCCUGCUGUUGGGCACAACAUCCGCCACCAAGACAACCGAAACAGCCACCAAACCACCAGUUCCUCCUCCACCACCUCCAGAAAUACUCUUCAUCCACUUCUCACCAGAUGUCACCGCUCGGCCUCCGAUCAAUGACGUCACAGCUAUGCCUUCCCAGUAUGACGUUACCACUAGUAGGCUGCGAUCUGAGGAUUAUCUGCGCAGACGCGUUGUCUACGAAAUUGAGCCGUAUUUGGGGACGCUGCAAAAUCAGAACCAGUACCAGAGUAGUCCAAACCAGUUGUCGCUGAAUAAUCCGGAUUUUAAUGUGCUCGCUAGCAGACCUAUCAAUUAUCAGAGGCCACCUGGACAGUCGCAACCUCAACCUCAGAGACCUCAAUAUCAGCAACCUCAGAGACCUCAAUAUCAACAACCUCAGAGACCUCAGUAUCAACAACCUCAGAGACCUCAAUAUCAACAACCUCAGAGACCACAAUAUCAGCAACCUCAGAGACCACAAUACCAGCAACCUCAACGACCUCAAUACCAGCAACCUCAAAGGCCUCAAUAUCAGCAUCCUCAGAGACCGGCUUACAAUCCUCCACGUUUACCUUUUGCAUCAGUUUUAUCGAGUCCUUUGAAUAGCAGGCCACGUGAAGAGGAGGUGAUCAGUUGA